CUCUCCCCGUCUCGUAUUGCACAUACAUACACACAUAGAAACACACCAUACAUCCAUCAAUCCAUCUGCCUUAAGCCGCCGCCACAGACCGCGAUCACUGAGGCAUGCAAAGAAAGAAUCCCAACCACUCGGUCCGUCUAUCCACUGCCCGGCUUCUUGCGCUGGCGGAACCCGCCCUCCACUCCUCCAAACAAGCUGAUCAUGUCAUGCACAAACACGCAUACACAUACAUACACGGAUGGCACGCAGCUGUCGGUCUUUAUUCGCCCACCCGUCAGUCUUAGUGGGGAGUUCUCUGAUACUGAUGAGUGCCCCCUCCUCUGAUGUUGCCAGCUCCGAUGAGCCAACAGAUGAAGUUUCAGGCGUGUCCGCAUCUGGUGGUGGCGAAGUACUCGACGACGGUCUUAUCCGUGAAGGGGGCAAUGAUGGCGUUGCGAAGAAACGAAAGCAGGAGAAUAUUGUGCUGGUCAUCCCCCUGAUGGAUGUAGUAGGCGAUGGCGAACGCGGCGAGGCGGGCCCAAGAGAAGAGCACGUGGAAGAGCUGGCAUACUGCCUUAAGGCCGUCGUGUUGCUCCUGUUCAGUAUCUUCUGUGCCGUGCUCCGGUCCACUGCCUUCUGUUCUACGGCACAACACGCAAACAGAGAGAAGCAGCAUGGGGCGUCAGUUUCACACAACAGGGAGCUACUUGUUGGCCUUACCAGUAGCCUGACAGCCUGCCAAAUACAAGCGGAUCUUGGCGGUCGCGCCAGGCCCCCCAGCUUCAGCAUGGGGCAGCAGGGAGAUGUAGUGGGUCGCCUCGCCGCUGAUGAAACGAACGUACUUCUCCUGCUCGGCUUCGGUUUCGAAGGCGCUCCUGACCGCCUGGUUGACGGCCAGCAUCUCGUCACGCGUCACCCCAAUACUUACAAGCUGGGCGAUUGUCGUCAUUCCGUCGAGGGGGAGCCAAGGUCUCUUGACGAGAAGGAUUUUGUCUAGUGCUGGCUCGAUGGGUCUUCCUUCCCCAGCAUGCAGCGGUCUUCCUU